GAAUCUCCAUCGCUCGCCCGAGUCCCCGUCGACUGCUCAAAUCUCCGGAGCGCUCGAGCCUGCAUCUCCUCCGUCUGUCUCCAACAGCAAGCACGCUCCUGCCCGCUGAAGCGCAACCCCUGCCAUGCCCGCCCUGCUGAUCUUUGGACGCCGGUGGCCCAUCGCCUCCGACGACCUCAUCUUCUCGGCGCUGUACGGCAUAGCCAUCCACUCGUUCCGAGCCGUGGUGCAUCUGUGGCUGCUCUAUCCUCUGGCCGUUCAUGAAUGCACGCACCCGCUCCUCUCGGCCUUCAACUGGCUGCUGCUGCCGACGCUGCUGGCCCUGGUCUGCACCGAAUAUUUUGUCGCCACAGUCUCGCUGCGAGGCACCGUGGCCAACGAGAUCCCCCGGCUGCCGAUCCGAAAGUGGAUUUACAUCCACACCUUCUUCUCCAUCUGCGAUUUUUUGCUGCAGCUCUUUGCGCUUUUGAUCAUCUUUGGCCAUCCCGGAAUCGCUUGCGAGGCGGGUGGCAUUCCCGUCCUCUACUUUGAGAUCAUCACCCUCGCCACCAUCCUUGGAUACCUGAUCUUCUUUGUCGUCAUGGUGGGUCUCUUCAUGAGGUCAACAUCGCCGCAGCCGGUCAGCCAAGCCUCUGCCGAGAGCCAGUGGCGCUUCUGGAUCUACGUCCUGUGCUUUGGACACCGCAAGGCCGUCGCUUCGCAAUCACAAUCCGCCAGCACCUCGGGCGAUCUUCUCUCGUCGUUUGCGAAAGCCAUCGCCGACUUUUUCCAAGACUCCGAGACAGUGCCCUCGGACAUCCUCGUUGGGCUGAUCCUGGUCCGCCGCUCGCAAAAGAUCCGUCAGCGCAUGCAAGAGCGGCUCAGCGCCCAGGUCGGAAGCAACUAUUCCGAAGAGCGCCCGCCCGUCCGGCUUCAUGAGCUUGCCGAUGCUGCACACUACAUGCAGUACGCCCUGUCGAUCUACGGCCUUCCGCUGUAUCUGUUUGAGCGCUUCCCGACCCGCAUCUUUGAGGUCCUGUGCCCGACCCGCCGGUCCUCAGCCGCAUCCCACGUCUCACGCAACGUUCAAACUCAUCUCGGCAACGUCGGCUGGCCGUGCUGCUGCGUUCCUGGGCAUCCGCCACCCCUUCCUGACGAGCGCGGCGGGCAUGGAGGCCAUCCGGAUCUGAUCUACUUCUCGGGAGACAACGGGCUCUUCCGGUCGCCCUACUACAUCUGCUUUGACCACAAGAAAGGCGCCGUUGUGAUUGCCAUCCGAGGCACCCUAUCGACAGCGGACUGUCUGGUCAAUCUGCACUGUGACUUGGCUCCCUUCUCCUUCCCCAGCGAUGACGAUCUGGAAGCCGGCCGACCGCCGCUUUCACAGGCCGGUGGCUUGUCUGGGUCGGCACAAGCGCAUGCAGGCAUGCUGCAGACGGCAAAAAACAUUUACGAUGAAAUUGAGCGGCUCAAUCUACUCCUGCCGAUCUUUGCAUCUGCCCGGUAUUCGAGCUACAAGCUUGUUUGCUGCGGACACUCCCUUGGUGGCGGCGUUGCAACGCUUCUCUGCCACUUGCUCAGGAUCUCGCACUUCCCCCAAGCAACAUGCAUUGCCUAUGCGCCGCCGGGCUGCCUGAGCACCAGGGAAGCACUGCCGUAUUUUGAAAGAUUCGUGACCUCGGUUGUGCUCGGUGCCGAUGCAGUGCCGCGGCUGUCGUGGCGGUCGGUCAACUACCUGCAGCACCAGAUCGGACGUUUCCUGCGGAACUGCCACUAUCCCAAGGUCCAUGUCCUGAACUCGUUCAUCGUGACCGAGUGCUGCCGCUCCAUGUACCGCCGACACCGUCUGGCCCGACUCCGACGAGCGCUUUGGAGCGACGACGACGAUGAAGACGAGUUCGAAGGGUCUGGCCUCUACGGGAUCGAAGACGGCCUCAGCCAGGCCAGCACCCUUGAGGAAUUCAACCGAUCGAUUUCGGAGGAGCAGGAGCAGUCGGUGCGUCGGCUGCACUCGACGCUGUCUGUGGACGACUUGCCGGGCCAGGACAUGCACCACCCCCAAGCCCUGCGCCAUGCCCGCGGCGAGAUCCAAACGUUUAUGCCCGGCCGCAUCAUCUACUUUGUGAAGGAGAUGGCCAGUCGACAGAACACCGGCCGGGAAAGCACAGGCCUGAGCCGUCCCUCGAACGGCGAUCUCGAGCGACAGCUGCUGGACAGCCGCACCGGAGGGCCCCACGAGCCGUCCGACAGUCCCGCUGUCGUUUACCGACCCGUCUGGGCCCAGCAGAGCGACUUUCAAGAGAUCACCAUCUCGGUGACGAUGCUGACGGAUCACUUCCCGAACCACUUGCAGAACAUCCUGGACCAGGUCUUGGCCAUGGACACGGACGAUCCGGCACAGCCGGUCCCUGGUCUGUCGCUGGAGUUUUCCAGCUGAAUCGGUGGCCCUCCGCAUAUGAACCCUCCUGCUUGGCCCGUCCCGGGGCUCGACUGGGCGUCAGAUUCUUGGCCAUGACAACAAUGCUCCUGACUAUGACCGCAACCGAUCUUGGGUCUCCCCUCCCUUCCCGCGUGAUACUUGGGCUUCACAGAACACACUGCCUCUGUCGUUGCAGACAAGCUCAUGGGGACCAAGAGCGGAUUGAGGGG